AUGGACAAGGAUGCUGAAGGCAGCGGUUUCGAGGAAGAGGAACAGCCGCAGCGUGAAUAUGGAAAAGAGGAAAAGGAUGAAGCAACAACUACUAUUCUUCCGCCACCACCGUACAUUCACACGCCGCCGCAAUAUGCGCAUGAUUCUAGCAGCCCUUCACUGUACGCUGCCAGCAGUGGGCAGCAGUUCAUUGUUGGCGAGCUUACGGAUAGCUUAAUUUUACCAUUCUGCGAACCUGUGGCAGUGGAUGCAGAACGCAUUCCGAUGCCGGCUCUGCAACGAGCCCAAAUACUGAAGACCUAUUAUUCACCUCCAGAAAAAUAUGAAUUAGAAGACAACAGCGACGGCACCGGCAGCAACAGCGGUGGUUGGCGUUUGUAG